AUGGUGCCCCAGUCACGAGACCAACGACAGGUAUCGGGUGCGGAGGAUGACGCUGGAUCGGGAUAUGACGCAGAGGCCCAGUCUGGACUUGAUGCUGAUGGCGAUGACUCUGCCUUGGCGACGGCCGGUAGUCAAAGAUCCGUCGCGAAAUCACAAGCUUCUUCCCAAGCCGGGAGUACUCGUCUCAAGCAUGUUACGCGGGCCCAGUCGCUGCGCGUCCAAAUCCAUCAAAAAGAGCAAGACAAAACUGUCCUUUCCGCCGAUGACGUUUUGCAGACAGACGAGAGCAUCUUUCUAGGGCUGAUACCAGAGCCGCGGCCACAUGAUUCGGCGUCUAACAAAAAGCGUCUUAGAACGAUCGAAGAGGUCAUCAAGGACAACGACAGCCCAGUGGAUAGAGACAAGCUUUUCGAGGAACUCGAAGACAUGGAUGAAUCUCACAAGAGGAAGAAGCUCAAGAUUCCUUUGCAUCUAAGAAACUCUGAGGUUGAACCUGCAGAUAGUAAGGAUGGUACUACCACUGGCCCCCUCGCAAAGAAGUAG